UCGUACACGUGGUUUACGUCAAUUACGUGUGGUUACGUGAUAUAACUUAAGAUUGUUAUUAGAAACUGAAGUUCUUUGCAGGUGUCACAUAAUCUCAAGAAGAAAUUAAACUAUUAAUACUGGUUGGCACUCCAAAUUCUCUCCAUUUGAAGAGUACUAAAAAAAAGAUCUGUAAAAGGAAAAAAUAUCACACCAUUAGAUCUAUAUAAAAGCAAAUUACAUGCAGUUACUUUUGGAAUUACAUACGAACUAAAAGCAAAAGGAUCAAUUUUCAUAAAUAUGAAGGAUAUUUAUAGUAAGCUGUGCUUGUUGUUGUUAGAAGAGUGCUUUGGUUCUACUGUAAGGCACAUUGGUAACAAUUUAUUGUAUGGACCAAAAACAUUACGUGAAAUAUGUAUUGGAACAAGUCUACCAGAAGCAAAGGUAAAUGAAGGAUUAUGUGACCUUAUACUACAUGGCUUUGUCACUUAUUACAAAAAUAAUUUAAAUAUUGAGUAUACUUUACAUCCAUGCAAAAUUAUUAUGAUUCUUCGUUAUUCAAGAUACAUAUUGUUUGCAAAAACUUACUGUGGAGAUGAGGGUGAAAUGAUGUUGGAAGAAGUAUUAAAAUAUAAACGUAUCACAGCGUCUCAAGUCAUAAUAAAAACAUACAAACGAAUUGAACAGAUUCCUUCUAACUCUACUGAACCACCUUCUAUCCCUAAUCUGAAAAAUAUAUUUGAGUUAUUAGUGAAAAAUCAAUUUUUAAUGAAUAGUAAAUCUUCUAAAACAAUGACAGAAAAUUCUGAAAGACCUACAUAUAAUUUACCAGAUCUUAAUUUGACGGCCAUAUCCAAAUCAUUAGAAGGAAAAAAUAUUAAAUUUUCGGAUAGAAAAAUAUUUUGGGAGGUCAAUUUUGAUAGAUUUACUCAAGAUCUUAGAGAUCAAACUGUUAUAUCAGCUGUGACUCGAAAAUUUGACAAAGAAGCUGGAGAAUUAAUGAGACAAUUAAUUAAUUUGAUGUAUUUGCGAACUGCAUCUUGGGCAGAUACAUCGAAUCCAAUUCCAUAUACUGAGAUAAAAGAACAAGUGAAAAAGUUAAAUUAUGAAGACCUCGAACGUUAUCUUGAUCAGUACUUGCGACUUUUAGAAGAAGAUAAAACACAAUUUAUUAAACGAGUUGGUGAUUCUGGUGGUGGACAAUACAGCGUUAACAUGAAGAACGCAUUUAAAGAGUUAACAUGGGCAACUUUGGAAAAUAUUGUAACAGAAAGAUUCGGUUCCAAAGCUGCAAGAAUAUUUAGAUUAGUGAGUACGGAAAUUGAUGUUAGCCUGGAACAAAUCCAGAAGUUAGCGAUGAUUCCAGCUAAAGAAGCCAAAUUUUUAACAUAUACUUUGUCGCAAGAAAAUUAUAUACAAAUUCAAGAACUAAAGAAAAGUGGUACUUCAUCAGGACCUACAAAACUACCUUAUCGCUUUUGCAUCGAUUUAGACAAAAUUGUCGAAAUGGAAAUUGAGCAUUGUUUCCAUACAUUUUAUAACAUUAUAACAAGACGGAAACAUGAAUCGAUUAGUAAUAAACGUAUGAUAGAAAAGCAAUUGAGAAUACAGAUACUCUCUGCUAAUUUGAAGGAACAUGGUGCGACGGAACAACAAUUGGCUGAUAUUGCAGAAAUGAUGACGCCAUCUGAAACUCAACAGCUUGAAAAAGCACAAACUGCAAUGAAAAAACUGGUGGCUACACAGUUAUUAAUAGAUGACACCUUAUUAAUUUUAACCAUGUAUCUUCGUUAUCAUUUUUAA